GUGUGCCAGCUGCGUUUUUUGUAUGGUGCUUACGCCGAGGUACUGUAACGGCGCAACCAUAAAAACGUGGUACCCGGUUCAAGUAUUGUACGGUACUGUUCUGCAAAUGGAAUGUUAAGUGACUAGAAGUAUGAAAGCAGAGGAGAGUGUUAUAUAUAUUUAUACUCUUUUAUUACGGUGACAGUUGGUUCGAGUAAUUUCACGUUUCUCAUUGCUUAUAGCUGUUCUAAAUUAUAUACCUUAUGCAGUAGAAGAGAAGAUCCAAAGAUACUACAGUAAGAUACUGUACUCUAAGAUGCAAAAGAUCUUACAAACUAAUUUUGCGCAGCUAAUAAAUUAGUGUACAACAUGUGUCGAAAGGUUAAAGUUCAGUGUAAUUUAGUUUCGCAGGUAAAACAGCUUGUAAUUACACGUUAAAGUAAGGAUUCGGGUGUAUGCUGCUGAACGUUGGGAACGAUGGGUGAGAAAAAAACUUACAGGACUUAUAUUUAUAGUCAGCUACGUAAACCUGUUGUGCAUGCAGGCAGUACUUUGCACCAGACUAUGAACUGUAAAUUUUGCUGUUGAUGUUGAUCAAAAGAUAGAUGAGGGCUGACAUGUUAGAUGCCUCCUCAUAAUUAAUUACAAUUUUGGAUGUGUCAGUAUACAGUAUGUGGCGUAACCAUAAAUUAUUACAGAUUCGAUGUUUAAUAUUGUAAGUACUCGUCAUUCUGUAUGUUGAACUGUAAAGCUACCGGUAAUAGGUGCACCAGCUGAUAAGGAUGUCAGCUGCAGUGCCUCGAUUAUCAACUUUUACAGCGCUUUUAAGAGCUUCUGCAGCCCUCUCUUGCAGAAAUAAAGCAAGUGUGGAACAUGUGAGUCCCAUGCAGAUGUGUCUUAUUUAAAUUGCAGGUGUUAGCAAAUAAGGCAGAGGGACAUUGUACCACCACUUCAAGCUUUAUCAACUUGAAUCAUAAUCGAGCUCUUAGCAGUUUUGCACAAAAGUCCCGUGGCCAGACAAUUAUGUCCCGAUUCAAUCAUAAAGGAUUUUUCGUUGCCACAUUCACGCCCCUUAAGGAAAAUGGCGACAUCAAUCCCGACGCUGUGCCGCAGUAUGUGGAUCAUCUAGUACGGAAUAAAAUCACCGGAGUAUUCGUAAAUGGAACCGCUGGCGAGGGACUGUCUAUGACCGUAAAAGAGCGAAAGGCUAUGGCGGAAGCGUGGGUAAAAAACUGCGAAGGCAAAUUGAAAACCAUAAUUCAUUGUGGAGCUGUCUGCAUCCGAGACGCUAAAGAAAUGGCCGAACAUGCUCAGUCCAUCGGUGCGGAUGCCAUUGCAGCUGUUCCCUCUUUUUAUUUUCCACCCAAAACUGUCGAUGCCCUGGUAGAAGGAGUGAAAGAAAUUGCGGCUGCUGCUCCAAAACUCCCGUUUUUGUAUUACCACAUUCCGCGAAUGACGCAUGUUGAUUUGGAUAUGUCAGCCUUCCUCCAGAUAGGAAAAGAGAAGAUUCCCACCUUGUCGGGCAUGAAGUACUCCGGAUUCGACCUGGCGGGAGCUCUUAAAUGCACUGCCAAUCAUGGGAAAGAGUUUGAAAUUAUGUGGGGGCGCGAUGAUGUUCUUCUUGGUGCACUGGCAGUUGGUUUAACAUCGUUUAUCGGAAGCUCAUAUAGUUUCACCGCACCGCUGGCACUCCGUAUUGUGGAAGCUUUUGAAGCCGGAGAUUUGCAAAAGGCGAAAGAUGCUCAAAGCCAACUGAAGCGGACAAUGGAUGCCACAGAAAAAUAUGGCGACCAGGUGUCGGCAUUUAAAGCGGCAGCCUGCAUGCAUGGUCUUCCGCUGGGGCCAACACGCCUUCCCUUGCGAGCGCUGGAUGUGAAAGAAGCUAAAGCAUUUGAAGAUGGUCUAAAGAAGUUAGGGUAUUUUGAUUGGAUUAAAGAAAAUUAACUAAGUUGGUGUUUUUUAAAUGACAGAAUUGGAGUUUUCGAGCUUAGGGCUGAUGCUGUUGCGUUGGGCUAGUUGGUACUGGUCAAGCCUUUAAGGAGGCGUUUGAUUGCUUAUUUCUAUGGCUUUCAUUAGCUGAAAAGUUUACCGUAUUUUAAAAAAAUGAAAUGGUGCCGAGAGCUUUGACUUUUCCAGCCGUAAUUAGUGUUACGGCAUACGGUACAGUCGAAGAAAUACUUCGUUGUUGCGUACUUUAAGUGUGAUAACAUUCUGGAAACAGCA